AUUAAUUUCAGUAAACGCCGAAAAGUGGCCGAAAUUACCGGUGAAAUACAACAGUACCAAAACCAACCCUACUGUCUGACAGUACAGCCAGAAAUCAGGCACUUCUUGGAGUCAUUGAAUCCAUUGGGAGAUCUCGACGAGAAGACACUAAUGGAUGAUCUCUACAACAAAUCACUGGAUAUUGAACCGAGAAAUGCCAAACAAUUAAUUAAAUACCCGCGGAAAUGGCCGGACCUAACACUGAAAUCGCCGGGAAUUAAGCCGCGCGGCAGUCGUGCCAAUCAUCUGCCGGCACUCCAAUCGCUGGACUCAUUACUUAACUCUCUGUCCAUAUCUCAAAACGAGGACUCAAUUGCCGACGACAGUCAAACCCACAGCCCGUCAACGCCACAAACGCCUCCGUAUUCGGCCACCAGUUGUGGCGCCGGAAGCGAUCAUUCCGUGUUUGCGUCGGUCUUCAUUGGCGGCGGCGGUUCCACAUAUGGCGGUCCCUCACCCACAACGCCCAUCCAUUCCACUCCUCCCACGCCUAACCCCUGGUCCACAACAAUGCCCGGUUUGCCCACAUGUCUGCCGCCCAACCCGUCGACACCGCCCCCAUUGCCUCCGCGCACCAAUCGGGGCGCCACUCGUCACAACUCGAUGUCCUACUCGUCGGACAUGCCGUCGCCGAGGAGUCGCUUCGCGCCGUCAUUCGCGCCCACAUUCGGCACUAUUAUGUCGGGCAACGCGAUGGACGACCCGUCAAACCCGCCGCCACUGCCUCCCCGUUGCGCCACAUUCUCGUCGGCCACUCUUCCCCGCAAUCUUCAAUACAACCACAACAACAACCACAGCAGUCACUCGCCGGUGGCGUCGGCCGCCAUCGCCGCGCAGCACAACAUUCAACGGUUCAGCGCGGAGUUCGCGCGCCGUAACUCAGCCAUGGAUUUGUCGCCAUCGGAACAGCCGUUACUGUCCAGACGCUACUCGCAGAGCGGCCAUCACGGCGUCCCCCUAUCGCCAACACCACUACCCCCUCUGCCCACAGGCGUACCCAACUCGACGGCCACCGCAUUCCCGUUGGGUCCGGUCGGUCCGUGCCCUCAGUUGCCGCCAAAAACAUACCGCCAGACACUCAAUAACAUCGCCCGAUAGUCGACGGCAACCGUAAUGACAGGACAGAUAAGACCGACACAUAUAAGACACGAUU